UCCCUAGUCUUCUCGCGCCACGCGAAUCCACGCCGCCGCCGCCUCUUGACCUAGCGCCGCCGCCGCUGCCGCUGCCCCUUCUCGCCGCCGGCUUCUUCUUCUUCUUCCUUGUGUAGCGCGUGCGCCUCUCCUCUCCUCUCGUCGGCGAGUGAUAUGGCGGGACGUGGGAAGGCGAUCGGCGCGGGGGCCGCGAAGAAGGCGACGUCGAGGAGCUCCAAGGCCGGGCUGCAGUUCCCCGUUGGCAGGAUCGCGAGGUUCCUCAAGGCCGGGAAGUACGCCGAGCGCGUCGGCGCCGGGGCCCCCGUCUACCUCGCCGCCGUCCUCGAGUACCUCGCCGCUGAGGUGCUCGAGCUCGCCGGGAACGCGGCGAGGGACAACAAGAAGACCCGCAUCGUGCCGCGCCACAUCCAGCUCGCGGUGCGCAACGACGAGGAGUUGACCAAGCUGCUCGGCGGCGCCACCAUCGCCAGCGGCGGCGUGAUGCCCAACAUCCACCAGCACCUCCUCCCCAAGAAGGCCGGGUCAUCCAAGGCAUCCACCGUCGACGACGACGACAACUAGGCCGCCCGGGCGCCUUCUGCAUUAGUAGGAUCUUUUGCUAGCUGUUCGUCUGGAUUUGCAUUGUGUUGUUGCGCUGAGCAGUAGGAAGGGGAAAAAGAGAGAGAGAAGUUCUUGGUUGGUGGUUUGGUGGCCUGAUCAGGAUGUGAAUACGGCGAAAUUUUUGUGGGUAUUUAUCUAAAGAUGUAAGCCUGUGAUGAACUGAUGAUCAUGUUGGGUUGGUUUGUUUAAUGGUUGAAGAAAUGAGGAACAAACUGAAACUUUGAGCCAC